GGCCGAAGAGGAGAUGCAUGAAGCCAGGAGUGUUUAUGAGAGCAUCAACUCCGAGCUGAAGGAGGAGCUUCCGGUGAUCUUCGACAGCCGCGUCGGGUGCUUCGUGUCGGCCUUCUCUGCUGUUUCACAUUUAAGGAACAUCUUCUUCAAGGAGAUGAGCACGCUGAACCUGGAUCUGCAGAGCGUGAUCAAGGAGCUGCAGGCUCAGCAUCCGGAGAAAGUGUUCGCAGUGAAGGGUCUGCAGAGGUACGGGUCCCUGAAGAGACGGACCCUCACCUCCCCUAAAGCCUGGAAGUCCAGUUUCUCUGAGUUCCAUAAGAGCUACAGCCCCAAGCCGUCCCGCUUCAGCUUCAGGUCUCCGGACAAACCGCGGCACAGCACCCUGUCCCGGGAGAGCAGCACCUCCCUGCCUACCUCCCCCCAACCCUCCUCCUACAACUCCCGCCCCCUGGAGGACCUGGAUGCUGCAUCCAAUCACAGCGAGACCCUCAGCGAGAGCAUCAGUCCUCCAGCAGAGGAGAUCCAGCAGGAGGAGGGGAAGCCAGAGGAGACUCCUGCAGAGCCUCAGGAGGAGAAAGAGGGGAAGAAGGAGGGGGAGAAGGAGGGGGAGAAGGACAGCAGCUCUGAGGGAAACCCUUCCUGUGAUUCUGAGAGUCUGGAGCUGCAGCUGUGUGCCGCCGAGGACACGCUGCACAUCCAGGAGGAAGAGGAGGAAGAGAGAGGAGGAGGAAGAGGAGGAGGAGGAAGAGGAGGAGGUCUGAAGGAGAACGGGCUGCAGAACGGAGACGGAGUCGGGGUCAUCUCUGAUGGCAAGGAGGUCAGAAACAAGGUGAGG